AUGGAUCUUGAUGUCGCGAAACCCACACAGCCUCAUGGCUUAUCACCUGCCUCUGACCCUAAUUCCAUUUCUACCCUCGACGGCUGGAUUGAGCAGCUUCUGAACCUCAAACAAUUACCUGAAUCUGACGUUAUCAGGCUCUGUGAACGGGCAAAGGAAAUCCUCCAGGUUGAGUCCAAUGUGCAGAAUGUGAAAUGUCCUGUCACUGUCUGUGGCGACAUCCACGGCCAAUUCCACGAUCUUGUCGAGCUUUUUCGCAUCGGAGGCAACUGUCCUGACACCAACUACCUCUUCAUGGGAGACUACGUAGACAGGGGGUUCUCAAGUUGCGAGACAGUUACGUUAUUAGUUUGUAUGAAAAUCAGAUAUCCGUCCAGAAUCACUCUUACAAGAGGAAACCACGAGUCCCGUCAGAUAACACAAGUAUAUGGGUUUUAUGAUGAGUGUUUGAGGAAGUAUGGAAAUGCGAAUGUGUGGAAAUACUUCACCGAUCUCUUCGAUUAUCUCCCACUUACAGCUUUGAUCGACAAUCAAAUCUUCUGUCUCCAUGGAGGACUUUCACCUAGUAUCGAUACCCUUGACAACAUCCGAUCCCUCGACCGAAUUCAAGAAGUUCCUCACGAAGGCCCAAUGUGCGAUCUCCUCUGGAGCGAUCCCGAUGACAGAUGUGGAUGGGGAAUCAGUCCAAGAGGCGCAGGAUACACAUUCGGAUCUGAUAUUUCAGAAGCAUACAACCAUAACAAUGGUUUGACCCUUGUGGCUCGAGCUCACCAACUUGUCAUGGAAGGUUACAAUUGGUCACACGAUCGGAAUGUCUGCACUGUUUUUUCAGCACCAAACUAUUGCUACAGAUGCGGGAAUCUGGCUGCUAUCAUGGAGAUUGACGAGAACCUCAAAUACACCUUCUUACAGUUUGACCCUUGCCCACGAGCUGGUGAACCGAUGGUCAGCCGCAGAACACCAGACUAUUUCCUUUGA